AAUGGCCAUUGCCAAGAUGAACUCUUUGUUCUCCUUACUCUUCAUUUCAUUCCUCUUAUUGGGUUCUCAAAGCUAUGGAGAAGAGAGAAAGGUUUAUAUUGUUUACAUGGGAGGACAUACAUCAGAAGGUGUAUCAUCAUCAUCGCUAUCUUCUCAUCUUGGAAUGCUUAAGAAAGUACUACCAAGUGGUGUUAGCGCGACGGAUAAGCUCGUAUACAAUUAUGGCAGAAGUUUUAAGGGGUUUGCAGCAAGGCUGACCGACGAUGAAGUCAAAAAAUUUUCAGAGAUGGGUGAGGUGGUAUCUGUUCUUCCAAACACCAAGCUCAAGCUUCACACUACUAGAUCAUGGGACUUUAUUGGUCUCACUCAGAACAGGACGCUGAGGCUUCCUACUGAAAGUGAUGUCAUUGUUGGUGUUCUAGAUACAGGAAUUUGGCCUGAGUCGGAGAGUUUUAGUGAUUCUGGGAUGAGUCCUCCACCGUCGAAAUGGAAAGGCAAAUGUCAAACAGGAGGAACAAACUUCACUUGCAACAAUAAACUCAUCGGAGCGAGAUACUACAACAGUGAGAAUGAUCCUUCAGAAAUCAAAUCUCCAAGAGACGUAGAAGGCCAUGGAACUCACACCUCCUCCACGGCAGCCGGCCGCCCGGUUGGUGAUGCAAGCUACUUUGGCCUCGCCGAAGGUAUAGCAAGAGGAGCGGUUCCGGAAGCCAGGAUAGCAAUGUACAAAGUCUGUUGGCUAUCAGGUUGCUGGUCGGCCGACAUUCUCGCUGCUUUCGAUGAUGCCAUAGCCGAUGGGGUCGACAUUAUUUCUGUCUCACUGGGAAGUGACUUCCCUUCGCAAUACUUUGAGGAUCCGAUAGCAAUCGGAUCAUACCAUGCUAUGAAGAAAGGUAUCCUCACCUCCAACUCCGCAGGGAAUGGCGGCCCUUUCCCUAUCAGUGUAUCAAACUAUGCUCCGUGGAGUCUGACAGUAGCCGCUAGCAGCAUCGAUAGAAAGUUCGUCUCCAAUGUCGUUCUCGGAAACGGCAACACUUACAUUGGAAUUUCAAUCAACAACUUCAACAUGGGAAAUUCCGUGUAUCCUUUGAUUUACGGAGGGCAAGCAGUGAAUGUGUCGGCCGGGAGUACAGAGCUUAUAUCAAGCUAUUGCAUCGAUGGAUCCAUGAACACGGAGAAGAUAGAAGGAAACCUUGUUUUAUGUAACUAUGGCGAUGGAGACGAAACGAUAUAUAAUGCAAAAGGGUUGGGUAUGAUCAUGAGUGUUGAUGAUAAUCUCCAAGAUGUUGCCUUCAGUUUCAUGUUCCCGGUCACCAUUAUAACUACUGACGAUGCCAGAGAGAUCCUUGCCUACAUUAAGAGUACUAGCAACCCUGUUGCAGUGAUCAAAGUUAGUGAUGAGUGGUCUGAUCCGUUGGCUCCGACAGUAGUUUCUUUCUCUUCUAGAGGUCCGAAUCCGAUUACUCCUGAUAUUCUCAAGCCGGAUUUAACUGCUCCUGGAGUUGAUAUUAUUGCAUCUUGGUCGCCGAUGGCUAGCCCCACCGGAUACGAAGAAGACAAAAGGAGUGUUAAUUUUAAUAUUAUCUCCGGCACAUCCAUGUCUUGCCCUCAUGUUACCGGAGCCGCUGCUUAUGUGAAAUCCUUCCAUCCUAAUUGGUCACCUGCUGCCAUUAAGUCUGCUCUCAUGACUACAGCCAUUCCUAUGGACCCAAGGAAGAAUGAGGAUGCAGAGUUUGCUUAUGGCUCCGGCCAUAUCAAUCCUGUGCAAGCUGUAGAUCCAGGUCUUGUCUAUGAUGCAUCUGCUCAAGACUACAUUACAUUUCUCUGUGCACAAGGAUACAACACAACCACACUCCGUCAAGUCACUGGUGAUAACAGCACUUGUAAUGGCAUUGGUCUCGGUAAAGCUUGGAAUCUAAACUACCCUUCAUUUGCUCUCUCGGUUCCGGACGGUGGCUAUGCAACCGGAUCCUUCUACAGAACUGUUACAAAUGUAGGACCCCCAAACUCGACAUACAAUGCCAUUGUCUUCUCACCAGCAAACCUUACAAUCUCCGUCGUGCCAUCGACUCUGACAUUCUCGCAAGUUGGAGAAAAGAAAUCAUUUGUUGUGAAGGUGAACGGUGGCAGGUUGUUCCAACAACCAAUAAUGUCUGCAUGCAUUACAUGGUUUGAUGGAAAGCACAGUGUGAGAAGUCCUCUAGUUGUGUACACAACAAUCUUGCCUUUUGAUAUGGAUACUGAUGUAACUGCAUUGAGUUCUCUUGGCCGUCCCAAUUUAGCUCACAAAAAGAAGGGAAGAAUUGGAGGAAACUAACUUCAAGGAUUUGAUCAUGAGAAAGGACAAGAUCUCUUUAUUAUUCAAUUGAAUAAAAUGUAACCGAGCUUGGCUUGGUGGAUAUUUAUCUGUGUUCGAUUAUCGUAUUUCAAAGUGUGGACUUGUUUAAUUUAUCAACAUUAAUGUAGCAUCUCAAAGUCAUCUUUUUAA